GGAUGAGUGAGUAGGGCAACAGAGAGAAAGGGUAGUGGAGCAAGAGAAAGGAGGGUGAGUGAGUGGUGGACUGUGCUUUUGGUGUUUGGUUAGUUUCAAAAAAUGCUCCCAAACCUUUCCGAACAGGACACUAGUAGCCUACUUUGCAAUUUAUAAUCGGUGAACGCACAUUGAGAUAAGGAAUAUAUUACAUAUUUAGCCGUACCCGUGUUUGGGAAAUCACUGAAAAUAGCUUUCUUCAUUUUCUAAACAAACGAUUCCAAACGAAUACUGAAAUGUGCAUGAAAAGGUUUCAUUGUUAAUAAAAUUAAUGUAUGUGUUACUAGAUGGUCUUCACAGAAUAAGAAAAUUGUCAAACUUGCUCAGUUGAAGUCGAAAUAUUGAAAAUCACACUCAUCCUCCUUUCCUUUUUGGGGUAAGUGGAUCAAUAACAGGAAAGAUAAUCAUACUCGCCUAAAACUCGCAUUCUGGAAUGAUGGAAGUUUGAAUGUGCUUUCAUUGACAAUAUUAAUCAACCGACAAUUGGAAUUCAAGCAAGUUUUUUAAAAAGCCCAACACCCAGACCACAUUUUGUACUCUUUUUUUUUAAAUAUAAAAAAACUUGCUGUAUUCAAAAGAACAUACUGAUAAAAUAUUUAUAUCCAAGAAGUAUGACUCCCUCUAUAUUUUUUUUGCAAUGCCGCUAGCAUCAUAUCCCGCAUAAAUCAUCCCCAAAAAGUAUUGUUUAACUAAUGACAUAACAUAGCUAUUUACCAUACAAAGGUCCGCAAUUGGAACAGACAAAAAUGGUGCUGUUUAAUGGAAAUGGAAAUCUUUUUAAAACAAAAUGUACUAAGAUAUUAAGAUCAUUCUAUUAAUUUUUUGUGUUAAAAUUGUGUUUACACAAUUAUAUUGAUCUUACCAGGUUUUAUUUCAAAGCAUCUUAGUUAUUCAUAAUUUUAUGUAUUCAUUCAUUCUUUAUACAGCUCGCAUAUUUAAAAACCAAUUAUUCUAUUAGAAUCAAGUUAUAUGUAAUAUGUGAAACUUAUUAUGGAUUACAGAAGCUUUAUUUACUAUUUUCCUCUUUGUCACGGAAUUUUGUUUUUGGUUUCUUUUUUACGUCAGUUAGUGCUACUAUCAUGACGUUUUAUUACGUUGAUAUAUUAUGACGUCAUAAUCAUUUCUGUAUAGAUACCAGUAAGGUUUGGCAGAUUUUAGAAGCGCUCAAAAGCAAACUAUUUGUUUUGUCAAAACUCCGAAAGUUUUCUUUGGAAAUCUUAUUCACAAACCAUGGACAUUUCAAGCAAGGCAUUGAUUCAUUACAACGAAAAGUUGAGGCGAGAAUAUGAAAUUGUCUGCCUGUUCGUAGGAAAGAUUGAUUUCUUGAAUACUAGAACUGGAGAAGUUACCUCAAGAUCCAGGCGUGCAGAACAUCUUUGUUUACCGAGGGUCGCAUCGAGCGACGGUGGAAACUAUAGUGUCAAGAAAUCUCUGAGUGACGGAAUUAUAGAGACCGGAAGUUGCACACAGAUUAUCAAGGCAAAAGGUCAUCAACUCGCUGAUGUCAAGGACGACCAUCAUAAUUUCGACAUAAACAACAACCAACAGCAUCGUGAACAAAGCGAGGGCUCAACAAAAAAGUGGUCUUUGAUCCAGACUGGAUCCUCAAAUGAAGACGAGGAUGAUACUGAGAGAACUUGCAGGGAAUUAGAAUUGGAGGCUAGAGCGGCAAGACAAAAACAGAUAGAGGACUUCUUUACUGAUCCCGUUAUACCGACAGCAGAAGAGAGUAUUUCGAUAAUGUUGGCCAAAUUUAGCGCAGCCUUUCGGGACAAAGACUUCAUGCGGGAGGUGUAUGAAUAUCGCCGUUUACCGAGGCCACCAGCCCGAGGACUGGCACCACUAUCCUAUGAAUGGCUGACACUAAACACGUACUUUGGACUAAUGCAAUCCACAGAACAACAGGAUCCCGGGGAUCCGCAGGUCAACGCAAAUAUCCAACAAAGUCUUGAUACUGAAAUUGAAACAAAAGACGAUCAAGGAAUCAGAGAAUCUGAUUCAUAUUUUAGCGUAGAGGAAGAUGAAGAGAAUAAAUUUGGAACAAAUUGGUUCGUUCGAGUUUUUUGUUGCGGCGCAAACUCCAUUUCAAAGAAGGAGAGACGAGGAGAUGGAGAGAAAAGCAAAGGAUUUCUUUCCCGCCUCAGGAGAUUUUUCGGGAAGAAAUAAAGAGUCCGAGCUACCAUGAGAAACUUUCAUUAACUAUGCUGUCUUUCAAUUUGAAAAAGAAAGAGAACUCUCACAAGUUGUGUUCAUAUUUUAAAAAAUGGAUUGCAGUUGCGCGGCUUUAUAUAUGUGAAUCUCUAAGUUUUAGCGACAGUAUAUCGAAUUUAGUUAAUAUCUUUUUUAAUAUCAUUUUUAAAACUUACAUUUAUAAAAUAUUUUAUUUACAAAAAUGUGUGUUUCUUUUCGUUGUCCUUGUGGCAAUGAGAAUACACUUGCACUAGAAACGAAAGGAGAACUCUAAAAGUGUGUGUGUUG